CAACGUGAUUCGGUAAUUCCUUGUUUUGUCUAGAUUGGUGUUUCGUUAAGGAAGAUGGAACACAAGAAUGUAGAUUCUGAUGAUGGUGGAAAGAAAUCGAAGAAGAAGGUGGUAUCUGGUGGUGGUGAUGAGAUAGCAGCAAACACUGAAAGCUCCAAAGUUAGUGAAGGAAAUCGAAGCCAUGAGAAAGGAGUCGCCAACACUGAUGAUGAUGAUGUUGAUGCUAAGAGAAAGAGAAAGCGUGUUGAUGUGGGAGAUACACCACACAAGCCUAAGAAGAAGAAAACAAUUGUUGGUUCAGAUAACAGCGCAAAGAAGGAGAAGAUACAAAGAGAGGAUCCUGAGGCUGAAGUUGAAAACAACAUGAAAGAUGCUAAAACUGAGGCUGCUGAGUUGAACAAGUCUACCAAAGGCCCAAAGAAGAAAAGUAAGAAGAAGAAUAAGCAAAUUGAGGUUGAAGAAGAUAACAAAGACUCUACUGAAGAUGCUAAUAGUCAGAUACAAACUGACAAGUCUACCAAAGAUCCAAAGAAGAAGAAGAAGCAAAGUGGUGAUCCAGACAACAAGGACUCUACUGAAGAUAAAGAUGCAGACAAGACACAAACUGAGGCUGAAGAAAACGACUUGAAGUUGAACUCUCUUGAAAGUGGUAAGAAGAAAAGGAAAAAGAAGAAGAAGAAGCAAAGUGAAGAUCCUGAGGCUGAAGAGAACAACAACAACAACAACAACGGAAAGGAGACAAGGAAGCAGAAGAAGAAGAAGAAGGAAAAGGGUAGUAAGAGUGAUGAAGUUGUGAGCACCCCACCAAGUAAAAGCGCUAAAAAGGUCAACUUUUCUGACCAUGUUCAAGUGUUUCCUGCCGAGUCCUCCGAAGAAAGUGAAGAUGAAGAAGAUGAAGAAGUGGACGUGGUGAGAGGUAAGCGCUUUACCAAAGAAGAAGACGAGCUGAUCAAGAAAUCUGUAUUAGAAUACGUUGAUAACCACGCUCUAGGAGAUGAAGGGAUAAACAUGGUUAUGAACUGCCAGUCACACAAAAAGGUCAAAGGCUGCUGGAAAGAGAUAGCAGCUGCUUUGCCUUGGAGGCCAUACACUGGUGUCUACUACCGUGCACACACUUUAUUUGAACAAGGAUCAAAGGGUGUAUGGAGCAAAGAGGAUUUGGAACUCGUCGUUGAGUAUCAAAAGAAACACGGCAAUGAUUGGAAAACCCUCGCAGAUGCAAUGGGUAAACACAGGAACCAUGUGAAAGACGCUUGGAGGAGGAUAAGACUGGCGGCCAAGAAGAGAGGACAUUGGUCGAUGCAGGAGUACCAAGCGCUCUUUGAUCUUGUGAACAAAGACCUUAGAAUAAAAGCUUUCAAAGAGAAGCACUCAAAGCAUGGGAUGCUCAGAGAUAACAUCCCUUGGAUGGCCAUAAGCGACCAGCUUGGAACAAGGGACCAUGUCGUCUGCUGCUUGAAAUGGUAUGAUCAGUUGACGUCACCGAUGGUGGCCAAGGGGAUAUGGGCUAACGUGGAUGACUAUAGGCUCUUGGACGAGCUUACGAAUCUGGAUGCUGCUUGUGUGGACGACGUGGAUUGGGAUAAUCUUUUGGAUAAUAGAGAUGGAGAUGCUUGUAGAAGUCGGUGGAACCAGAUGGUGAAUCAUAUUGGUAUACCUGGAAGCAAAACAUUUGCAGAACAAGUUGAGAUUUUGUCUCAAAGGUAUUGUCCUGACAUUGCUGAGGACAGAGAAGAUUUUGACAGCAGACCUUUUGAUCCUGAAGAUUGAGCAAAACUUUAAUAAGAGUUUAUUUGUUCUUUUCAUGUUCUACUCUGUGGUCAACUUAUGUUUGUGAGCUUGAAAAACUAUG